AUUCUGCACUUUAAUUCUGACAGUCUGGUAUUUAGUAUAGACCAACCGAGUGUCUUUGCUUGUUUUAUAGUUAUGAUAGUUAUGCACAUGACAAUCUGGACAAAUUAACUAGAUUUUAGUAAGGCUCAAAAAUGGACAAUUUUGACAUGGAAGAGUCGGAUGCUUUCUUUAACUCUUGCCGCACGAGGGCGCUUCACGAUUUUAAUGACGUUUUGGAGCAAUCGUUAGAGUUGUCCAAGGAUGUUCUAGAUGCGUUGGUUGAGAAUCAGUUGAUUUCUAACCAUGUCAAGGAUAUGCUAAGUGGGCCAUCUCUGGACAACGAGGCCAAAGUUCAAGGCGUUUUGUUCAACAUUAAAAAGAGUGUGACAGAGGACAAGUUUAAUAGGUUCCUCAGCGUCAUCGAGAACACAGGGCUGAGACACGUCGCGAAGGCAAUAUGGAGAAGUUACUCCGAGAGAGCCAACGUGUACGAGCCUAAACUGAAACAUGUGGGAUGUCAAACAGAAAUUCACAUUCAAACAAAACUUCCGAUAAGGGAGCGCCAGAAACUCUGCCGAAUCUACGACAAACUCCAGAAGGGGCUUAAAAGCAAACCUCGACGAAUUUACUUCGAAGAACCUCGACCGGACGAGAAUUCGAUACGUAUAGAAGAUGUGGACCGGGAGAUUGAUAAACUCUUGGAACUGUUCCACGAGCAAAUUCGUUACAUAGGGAAGUUUUGUGACAAGCUGGGCCUCGAAGGUAAAGAAUUACCGACGAUUGGACAAGAGAUAGAAAAACUGGUGGAGAAAUGUAAAGGACUCGAAAACAAAGUGAACAGCAUGUCUGUAGAUAAACUAUUCAACGAGUAUCUAAAUAACGAGGGAUCGAGCACAAGCGAGUCGUCAUUCUCCAGUGCAAUCCAACGACCGAGAAUUUCAGGAAACUUUCGGACGAGUUCACCGUUUAUGACGUCAGAUCUGCACAGACAACAUGGUUCUCACGAACACGCGCGACUGAAACGAAAAGACAGUACUAAGCCAGGGAAAAAUCAGCUCGAGGUCAAACAAGAGGACGAAAACAACGAUUAUUUUCUAUCUGUUCAUCCGAAACUUUCGCCACUAACACCUCGAAAGAACGGGAUCCGCGCCAAUACGACAAAGACAAGCGUCAUCAUGCAGUCGCAUUUCGAUCUGUAUGAACGUCUGCUUCUUCAGCCGACCGCAAAAGACAAUGCCCCGACUUCGUCUCGUGAAAACCCCUCUUCGCUAGCCAAGGGUUUUCGGCCCACUCCGUUCCCCAUAAAUGGGGAGCGAAGUCCAUGGAUCGAAAACCCUUGGCUAGCGAAGAUGAGGAAAACCUUAUUUAGCUUUAAUUAUACAAUGUACUGUGGACAUGUGCGAUCAAAAGGAUUCAUGAAAAAUGGAACAUACACGUUAUGGAUGAACGACACCACACCUUUCAAGGUCCAUUGUGAACAUGGAGCUAGUACCUCCUAUACAAUGAUUCUUCGCCGACAAGACGGAUCUCUCAGCUUCUACCAACCCUUUUAUUACUACCAGAACGGGUUCGGUCAUCCACAGUAUGAAUACUGGGCGGGACUAAAUGCAAUUUAUUACUUGACCUACACUGGCAACACUGUCCUGACAAUCAACAUGCAGGAUUGGCAUGGGAACAACCGGAACGUGCGCUACAGCCAUUUCUCUGUCUCUCCCGCGCCUUACUUCCAGUUGAACAUUUUCGGGUUCCAGGGGGAUGUUCCGGAUGAUUUGUCUCAUAACAACAGGGCGAAUUUCGCUACCUACGACAGGCCUGACCCUAACCAGUGCGCAGCCCACCAGGGAGGCGGUUGGUGGUACAACUACUGCACCUUCGCCCUGCCCACCGGGCGGUACUAUCACGGGGGACCCUACACCCCCACCGGCGGAUAUUACGAUGGCAUAUAUUGGAAGGACUGGCUAGGAUAUGGAUAUUCUCUCAAAUUCAUAUCCAUGACCCUUUCAAAUGCCUAGAGGAAAAAAACAUAUAUUGGAAGGACUGGCUAGGAUAUGGAUAUUCUCUCAAAUACAUAUCCAUGACCCUUUCAAAUGCCUAUAACAAAAACACUCACAAUGUAGAAUACAGAUUGUCGUUAGUAAUAGUAAAAGGUAGAAUGUUUGAACAUGAUGAAAGUAUGAAUGCCGAGAGUCCGUGAUAUCUGUAAUACAAGAAUAAUACAGUGGACUUUGUGUGUUUUUUUUUUAUUUUGUCAUUACUUCUAUUUUAGAACAAUAAAAUGGUAAUGUAGAUAUAUUUUAUAACUCACUUAUUGGCAAAAGAGAUGUAUAUAUUCGUUCUCUUCAUCUACUCCAUCAACAUGUAGAAAUGGAUUGCUCAUUGUUCAUUUGUUGUACAUUUGAAAUCUGUCAAACAUUAUUCAUUUGUCUCAAUUUUGUCACCGUUGAUAAAAUAAAAGUGUUCUUGUAUAAAUACUACAUGACUAUUAUAUUCAACAACUGUUUAUUGUGAAAAAUGAAUGAAUUUGCCCUUUUAACUUGUACUGAAUAAAGUUUAAAUUACAUGUACUAUAAACUGAAAGCUUUGUAAUAAUUAUUUUUCCAUUAAAUUUAUUAAUAUCACAACAUGCAGA